UCUCUCACUAUAUAAAACUCAGGAGCAGACCAGUACUUUCUCAGAGGCAGGUUGUUCGGUAGUUUCUACCGGACUUCCAGAAGAUGGGCACAGGUAGUGGGACGCAAAUACCACUAUGGAUAUCAAUACUAACACUUGCCUACAUACAGAUCAAAGUUCAAGCCCAGGGCAAUGAACAACAAUCACAAUCAAACUAUGAUUAUCCAUUGUUCCCGCAGCGACAAAACAAGCUAUCACCAGCUUCCAAAUCCCAUGGAGUGACAAUCAUCCCACCUCUUCAAAACACACUGAAAGUAAAGGCUGGCAACCCCUCUCACAAUGGCCGUGUAUGCAGCACAUGGGGCAACUUCCACUUCAAGAACUUCGAUGGGAACAUCUUUUACUUCCCUGGGGUCUGCAAUUACAUCUUUACAUCCAACUGCAAAUCUCCCUAUGAGGACUUCAAUAUCCAGAUUAGGCGCACUAUGGUGGAAAAUGCUACCAUAAUCACUCACGUCGUCAUGAGGCUGGAAGGAGCAGUGGUCGAACUGACCCGCACCUCUGUCCUGGUUGAUAGCAAACAGAUUCAGAUGCCCUACAGCCAUAUGGGAGUCUUGAUAGAGAGAAGCAACAGCUAUAUUAAAGUUUCUGCCAAGUUAGGACUCACCUUCCUUUGGAACGAAGAAGAUGCCCUCCUGGUGGAACUAGAUAAGAAAUAUGCCAACCAAACUUGUGGACUUUGUGGGGACUUCAAUGGAAUUCCAACUAACAACGAGUUUAUUUCACAGAAUGCAAAACUGACUGCCGUACAGUUUGGGAAUAGGCAGAAGAUAGAUGGACCCACAGAGCAAUGUGAUGAUCCUAUUCCUUCUGCUGUUCUGAUGAACUGCUCAUCUGAAUUUGCUUCUAUCUGCAAGACAGUAUUAACCAGUAAAGCAUUCACAAGCUGUAAUGCACUUGUGGACGUUCAGGACUACAUUGAAACUUGCAUACAAGACCUAUGCCACUGUGAUACUUCUAUGGCUGACUUCUGCAUGUGCAACACCUUUGCUGAAUAUUCCCGGCAGUGUGCUCAUGCAGGUGGACAGCCUCUGAACUGGAGAACCUCAGAACUAUGUCCCAAAUCAUGUCCUUUCAACAUGCAACACCAGGAGUGUGGCUCCCCUUGCUCUGACACCUGCAGCAACCCCGAACGAUCUGCACUUUGUGAAGAUCAUUGUACAGAUGGCUGCACCUGUCCUCUAGGAAUGGUAUUCGAUGACAUCAAUGGUGCUGGCUGUAUUCCCCGUACGGAAUGCCACUGUACCUAUGAAGGCGAAACUUAUGCUCCUGGUACCUCCUUCUCAUCUAAAUGCAGAUCAUGUACUUGUGCUGGAGGUGAAUGGGCUUGCAUCACCCAGUCAUGUCCAGGGACUUGCAGCAUCGAAGGAGGCUCCCACAUUACAACAUUUGAUGAAAAAUAUUAUUCCUUCUUUGGAGAUUGUAGCUAUGUCCUAACCAAGCUCUGUGACAGCAAUGAUUUCACUGUUCUGGGAGACAUCCACAAGUGUGGUCUGACUGACACUGAGACAUGCCUCAAGGGUGUAGCCGUCAGUCUAAGUGGAGGACAAACUAACAUUGUAAUCCAGCCUUCUGGCAGUGUAUUUGUGAACAUGAUCUACACACAGCUGCCCUUCUCUGCAGCAAAUGUCACCAUCUUCAGACCAUCAUCGUUCUUCAUUGUUUUACAAACAACUUUUGGUCUUCAGCUGCAGAUUCAAAUUGUACCUGUCAUGCAACUUUUUAUAAACUUAGACCCAUCACAGAAAGGGCAGACCUGUGGUCUCUGUGGAAACUUCAAUGACAUCCAGACAGAUGACUUCAAAACCACAAGUGGCGUAAUAGAGGGUACUUCGGCAGCCUUUGGCAAUACUUGGAAAACUCGGGCUGAUUGUCCUGAUGCCAAAAUUACCUUUGAGAACCCCUGCACCCUCAGCAUAGAAAAUGAUAAGUAUGCUCAGCACUGGUGCGGCUUGCUCUCCGAUACCAUGGGACCUUUUGCUGAAUGUCACUCAACAGUGAAUCCAGAAGUUUACCAGAAGAACUGCAUGUUUGAUACAUGUAACUGUGAGAAUACUGAGGACUGCAUGUGUGCUGCCCUCUCCAGCUAUGCCAGAGCCUGUGCUGCUAAAGGAAUACUCCUCAAUGGAUGGAGGAACAAAGUCUGCACGAAAUACACCAACACAUGUCCAAAAUCCUUGAAGUACACUUACAAUGUUGAUUCCUGUCAACCUACUUGUCGCUCUCUGAGUGAGCCUGAUGUCACAUGCAACAUCAAGUUUGUCCCAGUUGAUGGGUGCACCUGUGUAAAUGGAACCUACAUGGAUGAAAGUGGCAAAUGUGUGCCUGCUUCUAGCUGUCCUUGUUACUACAAAGGAAUGCCUCUGUCUUCUGGAGAAGUUAUUCACGAUAAUGGUGUUGUCUGCACUUGCAGUUAUGGAAAGCUGAACUGCAUUGGAGAGAAACCACCACCAGUCUGUACACCUCCCAUGGUCUAUGUUGACUGUGGCAAUGCCACUGCAGGUGUCAUAGGAGCAGAGUGCCAGAAGAGCUGUCAGACUCUAGACAUGGAAUGUUACAAAACCCACUGUGUCUCUGGCUGCGUAUGUCCUCCUAAUUACGUAUUAGAUGGCAAAGGUGGCUGUAUAGCUGCUGAAGACUGCCCAUGUGUUCACAAUGGGGAUUCCUACCGUCCAGGAGAAUCAAUCAGAGUUGGCUGUAACAACUGCACAUGUAGAAACAGAAAGUGGCACUGCUCUGAGGAACCCUGCCUGGAAACCUGUUCAGUUUAUGGAGAUGGGCAUUACACCACCUUUGAUGGCAAACGCUUUGAUUUUGAAGGAGACUGUGAAUAUGUUCUGAUCCAGAACUACUGUGGCAGAAAAGGUUUGAAUCAGGGAACCUUCAGAGUCAUCACUGAGAAUAUUCCAUGUGGCACAACAGGAACCACCUGCUCCAAGUCUAUUAAAGUUUUCCUGGGGAACUAUGAGCUGGUACUCAGUGAUGGACACUCUGACGUCAUCCAGAGAUCACCUGGAGGAGAAAUGCCGUUCCAAAUCCGUUCCAUGGGGAUCUACAUGGUCGUUGACACUACUGUUGGUCUGAUACUCAUGUGGGACAAGAAAACCAGUAUAUUCAUCAAACUUAGUCCCAGCUUUCAGGGACAUGUCUGUGGACUCUGUGGAAACUAUGAUGGCAAUGGAAACAAUGACUUCACUACGCGCAGUCAGUCUGUGGUAGGAAAUGUGCUGGAGUUUGCCAAUAGCUGGAAAGUGUCUUCUACUUGCCCAAAUGCCAAUCAAACCAAAGAUCCAUGCACUGCAAACCCAUACAGGAAAUCCUGGGCACAGAAGCAAUGCAGCAUCAUUACCAGUGAAGUAUUUGCGAAGUGUCACUCCCAGGUUGAACCAAAUGAAUAUUAUCAAGCAUGUGUGGAUGAUGCUUGUGCUUGUGACACUGGAGGAGACUGUGAAUGUUUCUGCACAGCAGUAGCUGCCUAUGCUCAAGCGUGCAAUGAGCUGGACAUCUGCAUUUCAUGGAGAACCCCAUCCAUUUGUCCUCUGUUCUGCGAUUACUACAAUCCACAGGGAGAAUGUGAGUGGCACUACAAGCCAUGUGGAGCCCCUUGUAUGAAGACCUGCAAUAAUCCAAGUGGGAAGUGCCUUCAUGAGUUGAGAGGUUUGGAAGGCUGUUAUCCACACUGUCCAAAGAAUAAGCCCUAUUUUGAUGAAGAAACCAUGGCUUGCGUUUCUAAUUGUGGUUGCUAUGAGAAUGGAAAACAUUACAAGCCAGGAAUGCAGAUGCCUUCAAAGCAGAACUGCCAGUCAUGUGAAUGCACAAACCAUGGCAAAAUAUGCAAAUAUGAUGAACAUGAAUGUGUCUGCAUUUAUGAAGGACAGACAUAUAACUAUACAGAAGUGAUCUACAAUACUACAGAUGGCAUAGGAGGAUGUAUUGUUGCAACCUGUGGUCCCAAUGGAACACUUGAAAGAGUUGUGUAUGACUGUCCAAUCUCAACAUCACCCACAACACCGUUUCACUUCAGCACUACACCACCUGCCACUGCUUCCACAGUUACAUCAUCACCAAUAACGUCAGUAUGCGUUCAUGAAGUCUGUCAGUGGUCAGAAUGGUAUGAUGGAAGUUCACUAAUACCUGGAUUUGAUGGUGGAGAUUUUGAAACGUUCAAUGAUCUGAGAGCUAAAGGUUAUGAAGUCUGUAGAUCUCCAAAAGCUGUUCAAUGCAGAGCAGAGAAAUUUCCUAACAUACCACUGAAGGACCUUGGUCAGAGAGUAGAAUGCAAUACAAAAACUGGGCUUAUAUGUUACAACAAAGAUCAAAUUUCAACUAUAUGCUACAAUUAUGAAAUCAGAAUCUUAUGCUGUGUUUUUGUACCAUGCUCAUCUACUUCUUCCAUCACAACACCUUACGAAAUUCCAACAGUGAGCACACAAACCCCAAUUCCAGAAGUGACAACCACAACACCAAGUACCAUUAUCACAACUUCAGCUACAACCACAGAAAUGGCAAGUGCUACUGUCACAACAAGUACUUCUUCAGAAACACAAAGUACCUCCCCAGAGACAAUAAUCAGUACAACACCUUGCCAACCAAAGUGCAAAUGGUCCACAUGGUAUGAUGUCCAUUUCCCAACUUUGCACAACAAAGGAGAUUAUGAAACCUACCAGGAUAUUAGAUCUGCUGGAAAAGCAAUCUGCAGAAACCCGGAAAAAAUACAAUGCAGAGCAGAGAAAUACCCACAUAAAUCUAUUGAAGAAAUAGGCCAGGUUGUCCAUUGCAAUGAAACAUUUGGACUUAUCUGCAGAAAUGAAGAUCAAAAAGGAGAACUCCACAUAUGUCUAAAUUAUCAGAUAAAAGUAUUCUGUUGUGAUGACUACAGCCACUGCCAAACAAGCGUGACACCUACUGUACUUGAGGAAACUACUACCACUACACAAUCACCAGCUACUACAACCUCGACUUCUCCCUGCAUAAAAGAAGAAUGUAACUGGUCAAUUUGGUAUGAUGUCAGUUAUCCAGAAUCAGGAUACAAUGACGGAGAUUUUGAUACAAUUCAGAAUAUUAGACAAAAGGGAUAUAAAGUCUGUCCUAACAGAAAGGCUGUUGAAUGCAGAGCAGUAAGAUUCCCCAAUACACCAUAUCAACUCCUGGAGCAACACAUUACAUGCAACACUAAAGAAGGACUGAUAUGCUACAAUAAAGACCAGCUACCACCAAUAUGCUACAAUUACGAAGUAAGAUUUAAAUGCUGUAAAAAUAUAACAGUACCAUGCCAAACAACACAAACACCGUAUACAACUACAGAAAAAUCAACAACCUUCACAAUUUCAACAACAUAUACACCAUACACAGAAAUAUCAACAACGGAAUAUACACCAAAGAUACAAACAAAACAUAAGACGACAACCAUAUCAACAAUACCACCAGAAACAGAAAACAUUCACAGUGAAACAACAUCAACACCAAAAACAAGCACACAAACAGAAACAGAAACCACAUACACAACACCCAUCAGCACAGUCACAACCUCCACCUCCACCGCAACGCCCUCAAUCUCUGAAACAACACCAGCAACCUCCACCACCACCAGCACCCUCACGCCGACCCCUGCUCUCAUCUCCUCUACCAGCUCGUCUUCCACCACGGAGCACGUUACCUCCUGUCCGCCUCAACUGUGUUCCUGGACGGACUGGUUUGACGUGGACUUCCCCUCCUCGGGGACAAGCUCUUCUUCCACUCCAAUAUGUACUAGUCACACCACUAGCACCUCUAUGUCAACACCAUGUUUUUGUAAAAUUGCUGACAACAUUUAUUCUCCUGGUGAACUGAUUUACAGCACAAUGGAUAGUGAUGGAUGUAGAUUUUAUGCCAGGUGUAGUCAAACAUGUACAAUUGAACGCUACACUGGAGACUGUAAUAUUACUACUCCACUAACCACUACUUCCCCUCAGACACCUAUCAUAACAACAUCACAUCCAAUUCUUCCUCCGGGUUGUGUUUCUGGUACUCACCCUCCCCUACAGCCUGGUCAGAGAUUCAAAUUAUCCAACUGUACAGAACUCAUCUGUGAAGGAAACAACAAAGUUGAAGUAAAUCAAACAGUGUGCCCACCUAUUAAGGAAAUUACUUGUGCAAACAAAUAUCCAGCGGUAUUGGUACCUGAUGAAAAUGGAUGCUGUUACCACUAUGAGUGCCAAUGUGUGUGCAGUGGAUGGGGUGAUCCUCAUUAUAUCACUUUUGAUGGAACAUACUAUACUUUCCUUGAAAACUGCACUUAUGUUCUGGUGAAACAGAUUGUGCCUAAAUAUGACCACUUCCGUGUUCACAUUGAGAAUUAUUACUGUGAUUCAAAAGAUGGACUUUCCUGUCCUAAAUCCAUCAUUAUUUUCUACAAAUCUGCAACAGUGAAGCUCACCCGGGAACUUCUGAAUGGUGUGAUGACAAAUGUGAUGUACUUCAACAAGAAGAUUGUCCAACCAGGCUUUCACAAAGAUGGCAUUUAUUUCUCCACGCUUGGUAUCAAUAUGAUUGUAGAAAUACCAGAGAUUGGUGCAACCAUCACCUUCAGUGGGCUGAUCUUUUCUGUGAAACUUCCGUACAGCAAAUUCGGGAACAAUACUGAAGGACAAUGUGGAACAUGUACAAAUAAUAAAAGAGAUGAAUGCCGCCUGCCAAGUGGUAAGAUCAUUUCUUCCUGUCCCCAAAUGGCUCAUCACUGGCUUGUUGGUAACGAAACAUCAUGCUCUGGAGUACCACCACCACCAAUGGUUACCACACCUCCAGCAAGGCCACAGUGUCAUGCUCCUGAACUCUGCAAGCUUAUCAUAAGCAAAGUUUUUGCAGAAUGCCAUGACGUGAUACCACCAGAACCAUUUUACAAAGGAUGUGUUUUUGAUGGAUGUCGCAUAACUGAUGAAUCCAUGCAGUGUUCCAGUUUAGAGAUAUAUGCUACAGAGUGUGCUGCAAGAGGUGUCUGCAUUGACUGGAGAGGAAAGACAAACAAUACCUGCCCAUACACUUGUCCAGCAAACAUGGUAUACAAGCCAUGUGGGUCCAUUAAUCCUGCUACUUGCAGCCAAAGCUUUGUUGACCAUCCUGGCUACGGAGUAACUGAAGGUUGUUUCUGUCCUGAAGGAAAGAUGCUCCUGAGUGAAGACAGCACCAUUUGUGUCUCUGAAUGCUCUUGUAGAGAACCAAACGGAGUAUCCAGAUGGCCAGGAGAAAAAUGGACAAAAAAUUGCCAAGAAUGUGUCUGUGACAGAUAUACUCUUACAGUGCAUUGUACAAAACAUGAAUGCCCUCUGCCACAGCACGUAUCUUGUUCUGAACCAGGUUACAUGCCUGUUCAGAUACAGAUACCGGAAGAUCCAUGCUGUACUAGGACUGAGUGCUUCUGCAACACAAGCCUCUGCCCUGAGAUCACACACCAAUGCUUAGAGGGACAGGAAGUAAUUACAGUAACUCAGCCAGGAAAAUGCUGCCCUACCUUUGAAUGCAGACGUGGCUGUGUAGUCAAUGAAACCUACUAUGCACCUGGAACUGUGAUCCCAUCAGGCCCCUGUGAAAGCUGCACCUGCUCCAAAUCCUCCCAUUCAAGCCAUCAGAAGUUUGCUGUCAAGUGCCAACCUCUCAUCUGUGACACCCACUGUCCAGUGGGUUACAAGUAUACAGAGGAACCUGGAAAGUGCUGUGGCACAUGCAAGGCAGAGGCCUGCAUAGUGGUCAUGGAAGACAACACUACACACGUGCUCAAGGUUGGAAAAUUCUGGAGCCCACCUGGUAAUAACUGUACCACUUACACAUGUGAAAAAUACAACGGCCAGUUCAUUACAGUCAUCUCAAAGAAAAGCUGUCCCCCCUUUAACCCUGAUCUCUGUGAACCUGACAACAUCAGGCUAUCAGAUGAUGGCUGCUGUAGAGUGUGCUCGAUCCCACCAUCAGGUUGCAAGAAGCACAACACCACUACUGUCAUCAAAUACCAUGGAUGUGUUUCUGCACCUGUUGAUAUUACAUACUGUGAAGGCAGCUGUGAUGCUUACUCAAGGUACUCUCAAGAAGCAAACAUGAUGGAACAUAAAUGCUCAUGUUGUCAGGAAAUCCAGACUAGUGUAAGAAAGGUGACUUUGACAUGCAGUGAUGGAACCUACCUUGAUCACUCAUACACCUAUGUGGACCAAUGCAGCUGCGUGAGUGCUGAGUGCGUUCCUCAAGACAUUGCCAACCAACAACAGCAAACAGGCAACAUAUGAGAUAAAGACCUCUCAAGAAAAAGGGAAUGUCUAAAAUUAAAAUUAAAGAGAAGCCAAACAAGUUGAAUAUAGAUAAAAACAAACAUUUGAAAAAAAGUGUCAAAAGCAGCUACAAUUUUGGACGAACAGAUUGUAUUUUCUGCAUACAAGCUCAGUAUGUCUGUCUACAUUAUUUCAGCUUUCCUUACCAUUGUAUCUCAUACUGUUUUUCAUGACUUUUCUUUACACCUUGAGAGGUACAGUAUAAGAUCGUUUUCAUAUUUCUUGUUAGUUUGUCUUAUGAGAAGUGCUAUACUCUAAGACUGAGAGUACACACAGUCUUUUAUUAGAAUGACAUUCUUUUCUGGCUCGAGGCUUUCCUUUGGUGGCACAAUAUAGACUGCACUGGCACAGAAUAAAUAUUACUCUGUAGGAAAUAAAGUUUUGCUCUUCAUUACAUUCUGCAACUACUUGACAAUAUCUAAGAUUUCCAUUGAUAUACUGCACUAUUAUGGAACAUUUUAAUUUCAGUUCAUUGAGACGGAUCAAAAGCUAAAAUCUAGGAAAAAUAAAACUGUACCUCUCUUUUUCUUUUCUUUUUUUUUUUUUUUUUGCAUUAUGGAAAACUUAGAUUGCAAAAAGCCGUAUCUUCUCAAAGCUAUAAAAUUCAAUGUUAUAAACAAUUUUUAGGGCAUUUCCCUAUCUAUUCUCAUGAGAAGGAAAAGAAAGAAAAGAAAGAAGAAAGAAAAAAGAAAGGAAGAAAGAAAGAAAGAAAGAGAAAGAUACUAUAAUGAUAAGCUGCUGCAUACUACUCUUUGUUUACAUAACAUCAGCAUAAAAACUGUAUGAAAAUUUGGAAUUUUUUUUUUUUGUUUGUGGUUAACUGUUUACAGAAGAAGUAUAUAUAUAUAUAUUGCCAACAGGGGCAUAUGAAGGACUUUUGUAAACAAAAGUAAUAAUAAUAUUAUAUGUAAAUUCUUUCCUAGAAAGCUUUUGAAAAGUUGUACUAUUGCUAUUUAUUUUGUUUUUUGGAGAAUUGAUUUAUUGGGCCAUUUCUUUCAGAAUUAAUGUAACCCCAUUUCUUAGUCUUAGUCGUAUUAUCUGGGUGUGGUAUAUUUUCUUCUUCCAUUUUGUUUUGGAAUAUUGUUUUAUUUUUGUUCUUUAUGGAAAAAGUAAUGAUGAUUAAUAAAUUUUAAGCAUUUUACA